AUGGUGAUCUUGCCCGCUUUGACCGUACCUACUACCUCAGCACUACCAAAAGAUGAGUUGGAAGUUAAAAUAUCAGGAAUAGCAAGACCAACGAUACCUCAAAAUGAGAAAGCAGUCAACCUUCUCAAGCGAGGAGCUGGAUCACCACCACGUAGGAUGACUGUAGCAGAACACAAUAAUCAUAUACACGAAGGUGGCUACGUUUUCGCUACAUCAGAUGGCAAGCCUCCGAAUGGACAGAAUAAACAUCCUUAUGUUCCCAAAUCUAAACCUGCUGCUGCACCUCAACAACAGCAUCAAGCGCCCGCACAAUUACCUAGAAGGACAGAAAAGCAUUUACCAGAUUCUCAGAAAAGACCUGUAGAGAUGUUGUAUGGAGGCAGCACGAAAGGUUCGCCUGCUAGAGUUGUCAUGAAGCAACCAGGAGGCGGCGUUGCACCUGCAAAAACGCCUAGAACGGAAAGGGUUAUGAACAAGGUUACGGGCGGUCUUAAAAAGAUUGGCAAUGCAUUUAGUGGUCGUAAACAUUGA